AUGUCAGCUGCACAGGAAGGAGUCCUUGGCCGUCCAAAGGCAGAGUGGACCCCAUCUCGUGACGCUAAUCUGGUUGAGCUUCUCAUUGAGCAGCACAAUCGUGGAAGAACAGCUUAUAAUGAGUUCAAGAACGAAGUGAUCAAAUCGGUCACUCGCGAUUUUAAUCAGAAGUUUGGCAUGAACUUGGAAGAGAACCAGAUAAAAAACCGCUACAAUGUCAUGAAAAAAGAUUAUGGCGUUGUGAAAACUCUUCUUAGUCAUGCAGAAUUUGGCUGGGACGAAAUCCGACAAAUGGUUGUGGCUGAUGAUAAAGUUUGGGACAACUAUAUUGCAGUAAAAAGUGAAGCAAGGCCUUUUAGGCGCAAGAGCUUUCCUCUUUACAACCAAAUGUCCAUUAUCUUUGAAGGAGAAAGGGCUAUUGGGAAACACCAAUUUCCAAGUGGACUACAUGUGACAGCGGAAGAGGGAAAUAGUAACACUGAAACGGUGAGGUCUUCAGAGCCAACUAACCUUCCAGCACAGGUAGUUGAUGACACUCCUGAUUCGGAUUCUAUGAUCCGAAUCGACGACAAUGAUGAUGAUACACAUCGUAAGAAGCGCAAAUCAGAGGCUCCUACAAUGUCUGCAAGGAGAAGAAGACCGUGCUAUAAAGUGAGGGAGACAAUAGAGAGAGCCUUGUAUGAAAUGUUUUGUGCAGCCAACUUAAAGGCUAUGCAAAGGAAGGCAUCAAAUGAGAAAACAAUGUACCAAAAGUGCCUUGAGGAGUUGCAAAAGUUAGAGGAAUUGGACGACUUGGAGUUUACAAGAGCUGUUAAUGUUCUCAAGGAUGACAAAAAUGCAGUUGCUUUCAUGACAAUAAAAGGUCCAAGACGGUUGAUCUGGCUGAGGUCAUUGUGGCCAGCAUAA